UGUCAUCGGCAUUAGUGAGGGAGCCAUGGACUACCACCUCGUCAGCAGCGCCAGGAUAACACUGUCUCCACACUUCUUAACGUCAAUCUUCAAGCGUGCCCGACUCUUAGAUGUCCAGGACAAUCUCUUUUCCAACGUGCUUAUAGGCUAUCCUUACCCUUGCAAACCAUUAUAUUUUACCGCAAAUUCUUCGAGGUUACCCCAGCAUCUGAACACCGCAACAGUACAGCUGCCCAGAUCCUGCCCAGAUUGUCAGAACAAAGUUCACACACACAAAGUCUCUUCCAAAGCAAGGUCAAUUUGCUACUGCUGCACCGAAGGAAGAGUGCUGUGGCUCUGUCGCCAACAGCAUUAUCGUGCCCUUGGGGUCUUGUUUCUGAUUGACUGACACGCCGGGUGACCUCACCUACUCGCCCCAAGCAUGCGCCAUAAACCCAAUCAAGAGACAUUUGGACCAGUGGAAAAAAUACCAUUUUCGGUUGGCAAAAUAAGCAUCUCUCUCUCCUUAUAACUUCCAUAAGUAAGUGGACACUGCAUAAAGAUAUAGGUGAAGAAAAGGAUAAAACCAUAACCAUAUAUAAUUUACAACAUCGCUACCACACCUUAUCAGAAGGGGUCCAGCGGCAUCACUACAGCCAUGACUCUAUAGAAGUUUCACUGAUCACAUCAUCGUAAUAAAAAAAGAAUUUUUACCUGGGAUUUCAUGACGAGUAUGUGAAAUGAACCUCCCAGAAAAUCAAACCUCUGACAAAGUUGAAUUUCAUUACAGUUCUUCAAAGUUCCUAGCACCAUUACCAUUCCUUAUUAUAAUUUCCCGCACACAAAAAAUACCCUGAUACAACCCUUCAGCCACGAUGGAAUGAGUUUCAGUUAACAGAAUGCUUGUAAAUACCAAUGGAAAUAAUACAAAUCAUAUUCAUUACAUUAAUUGACUGGAAAAUCUAUGAAAAUAGAUAGUGAACCCCCUCAGAUGUGUCUCUUUGAUGAGCAUGUUAUUAGUGAAUAUCUAAAAUAAUUUACAAACACCAGGAAAAUAAUUCCAAAGCGCCGGAAAGUUUUAUAUGCUCAGUAUAUUGAAAGCAUUUAAUGCAUCUAGAGAAGACUUGCUGUACACAGUGAAACACAGUACUGUGUAAGUUAUCUUCCCAAACCGUUUUUUCUGAAAACACUAUUUGAAGACUGGAGAGAAAGAAGAGAGCUAGUGGCUAGCAGCAUUAGAAAGAACAGUUUAUGGAACUUCCGCCAUCAUUAGAAAAGAGAUGUAAAUAUGAACGAAAGAACAGUUUUGGAGAUAACUCGGUGCGAGAUCUAACGAUAGAGAAAACCCAUGGUUCGUUUAAACCAAGUUUCCAAAAAUGCUGUUGAGGAAGGGAACUAGUCUUUCGACCAAAGGAGAAACGUAGUGCCAAAUCAUCAAAAGAAAGAAAAAAAACAAUGGGCAUUUCAUUUCGGCUGUGCGUGUGUGGACAAAUAAAAAUUAUAGCAAAUACAGUACAUUCGGGAAGAAGCCGCUGUGUUAUAUAAUCAGCAAGUAGUGUAAAAGCAGUUAUUAGGAACUAUCGCUUGGAAUAUGUGAAGAAAUGGCAGUCAGUACAAGAAGCAGCAAAUAGAGAAUUAUUGAUAAAUAUUGAUAAAAGGACAUUCACUAAGUACUACAGAUCACGACUACGUUGGUUCCACCUUCGCAAGAAAUAGCUGCCCUACAGUAAGGUAAUUGUGAUCAGCAUACUGACCACAUACAAGGUAAGCUCAUGUUCCAAAAUAACUUAUUUGAAUUAGUCAUGACUGUAUUUGACGAUAUAUUUGUGACCGUUGCUAGAAGCUAGCAUGCAUGUUAUCCACGUAAAAUAUUUCCUAUAUUCUUUAUUCGGAAUCCAUAAGCAGUUUCCCCCUCCUUUUCUUUUUUCUUUUUUUGUCUUAUUCACUUUUUUUUCUUUUGCAUAUCCACUCUCCCAGAGACUUAUCCAGCGCCGAGGUCCGAGGCGGGAGACCCAGACGGCGAGAGAUCAAGACCCCGGGCGACGUACUCGACACAGCAAGAGAGAGUGAAUGCAUGUUUAUGAUAUUGUAAACGUUGUGCUUUCGGGCGCAGCGGCAAGAUAAUUCGCCAGUGAUAUGCUUUGCGGAAGAUUUAUUAAAAAUAAAAACGCGCUGUUUCAUAGACAUAUGCUUAUAAUUGUUAAAUGCAAAGCGUAUCACCUUUGUGAAUGCAAAGAAUUGUAGUAUGGUCGUGAAGGCGUGUGUGAGAAUGUGAAAGUUGAAGCGUGGACUGCACAAAAACAGCCAUAAGAAACACCAAUAAUUAUAUGAUAACUAACCAUUUACCCCCCCCCCCUUUCUUUUAUGUUGCCCCCUCCCCCCCAUUCCUUCAUUCCGAGCAGAUCCCAGUGUUCCAACUUCCAGCACAACCACGGAGCCUCCCAUCACCUACCCGCCGUACGUCUCUAUACAAGAGCUGCUCUACGAGACGACGACCGACAUGCACGCGGGGUCCCUGGAGGACUUCAUGACAGGCGCCAACGGGGAGGACGCGGACACCUUCGAGCUGACGGACGGCCCCUUCGGCUUCGGCUACGCGGUCGGGAUCAGAGCAGACAACCAGGAGUGUUUAGUGAAGCAGAAUUACGAGAGCGCCGGUGACUGCACGAAAGACCCAAACAUCUGUUCCAAGGGCUUCAGCAUCAGCAUCUGGGAAAAGGCUGAAUUCAGCUACGACAUAUUCUGGACCAUUAAUAAUCUGGAAAACGAGCCCAAGCGAUACGUCUUGUCUACGGGCGGCGACGAGGAAGGGCACCCAGGCAUCGCCAUCUACCACCAGGGGAUAUCCCUGGUAGCCAUCGUGUCCACCGGGGACGAAUACUGGAAGCUGGAGGUGUACGGGCCCUUCCAUAACUCGACCUGGAACAACAUCGGCAUUCUGUGGUCCCGACCGUUGGGGGAUCUCGGAGGCCUAGAGAUGCACGUCAACCAUAGACGGGUAGGGACCGUUUUCAAAGGAAGAGCAAGUACAAGGAAGAGCCCGCUGAACCCGCCGGAACUCAUGAUCGGAUGCCACAAAGACAGCGACAAUAGGCUGUACCGAGGCUACAACGACGCUGAGUUCGACGAGCUGGCCUUGUGGAAGCGCAGUCUGUUGGACAACGAGACCAUGUUCUUCUUGGGAGGAUAUGGUAUGAAGGGGGAAAUGAGCUUCAUCGACCCUGAGGAAUACCAGGUGAUGCUCGAGAAAACGGACCUCAAAGACCCAUCGCAGCUCGUGACUGCAUUCAAGGUGCUGUCCCAGAUGAACAUCGCUCACAGGCCCGAAAACACCACAGAGGAUGGGGCAAUGAACAACACGCUAAGGCUCCAGACUGUCAUGUCUUCUCUCACCAACCCAGAGAACGUCAAACGAGGUCUCGCGGUCAGCGACUGGACCCAGUUCUUGGACAUCAUCCAUGCCACAAGCAACCUCCUGGACGACGAUAGCGAGGACACCUGGCGCGUGCUGGAGGCGAAGGGCAAGCCCGGCUCCACGGAGGUCGCCAGGGACUUCGAAGGAUUCUACCUCGACCUCCUAGAGAAAGUCAGUUUGGACGGAGAGACCAGACUAGACUAUACGAAAACGUCGGAAAACAUUGCCGCUCGGUGUGAAAAAACCCGGAUUCGCGACUUUAUGUCUGCAAGCUCCUACGUCUCUCCGGAUUACUCUCAGAUGAAGUCGCUCUACUCGGAGUGGGACCGACCCAUGGACAAGAUAUUCGUUCCAACCAAUAUCUUUACGGACGAGAGAUGCCUGGAGCGCGAGGUGUCCAUCCUGACAGUCCUCUACGACACGUUCGACGACGUCGCCCCCAACAAAGUCAGCAAAGGAACCAUCCUGCCCUCCAGGCCAAACUACCUGGACUCGAGGGUGCUGAGCGUGCGAGUGAAGGGCGUGCCGAAGCUGGACGCGGAGGGCCGGAUCGUGCCCAGCUCCCCCAUGUGCUACCCUGACCCUGACACCCUCUCGAGGAACCCGAUGAAGAUUAUACUCGAGCACACGGUCAAGGAGAAGGCCCUCAGGAGGAUGCUUUUCCACGACGAGGAGCCAACCACUAAGAUAAAUUACCGCCACUGCGUAAGAUGGAACGACCGGUACCAGAUGUGGGACAGCGACGGGUGCCGCGUGGAGGACACCACCACCACCUACACCAGGUGUUCCUGCAGGGGAUUCGGUUCCUUCGCAAUCAUGGUCGAGGAAAUCGAACCUAUUGUGGCUCCUGAAAUACCAGAAGGGAUGAUACUGAUAAUCAAAAUUGGUUACCUGGUGUCCAUGAUUUGCCUUCUUCUGUACAUGCUUAUCGUGGGAUUUUCCGGAGACCUGAAGGACCAACACCACCUGGUAGGCUUGAACAUGGCCGGCUGCCUGCUACUCGGAGACCUAAUGGUCCUGCUGACGUACCUUCUGCCGAUUCAGGAAGGCCGCCACAACUGCGCGAUUGUCGGAUCGCUCAUCCAUGGCUUCUUCCUCGCUGCUGGAGGCUGGAUGGCUAUGAUGGGCCACACUGCAUUCAAGACAAUUACCGCAGGUGUUAUCGGCGGGAAACUUCGUUCCUACUUCUUCCUGUCUUGGGGUAUCACCAUUAGCUCCAUCGGAGUGACUUACAUGGCGUUCCUGCGUCACCUUGGCACCGAUCCCCGAUGCUUCAUAUCAUGGACAAACGAAGUCAAGGGGGUAUUUUUCGUGCCCCAACUGGGCUUCUGCAUAGCGGCCGUUUUCUUCGUGUGCAUCGUCUUCUUUAACUUGCACACAGCUAGUCUAAGGAAUGGCAACAUCCUGGCAGAUUACAGAUCCUUCAGCAUAGGAUCAUCCGUCCUUGCCCUGUACUUCUCCACCACCUGGGCCAUCGGCUGCGCUGCCCUCAUCCGCUGGGAAGGCGAGGUGCCAAACCUGUAUCCAAUCUAUGAGAUACUCAACAGCUUCACGGGUUUGGUGCUCCUUCUCUGCAUCGGCUUCGGAUCGCGGCGGUUCAGGAUGUCGCUUUCGGGACAAUACAAAAAGAAGCGUCAAAUGCUGAAUGACUACAGGAAUAAGAGUGACGAUGCGCAACCACUCGGCUCGCCAGAAGACCAGCCCAGGCCGAUCUCUGCCGCGUCUACGGUCAUUGCGCAGUGAAAAGAUCUUAACAAGGAAAUGUGUUUCAGAAGUUCAGCUGCCUGAAGGUACUGAUACAAUGUUGUGUUUAAUGUUUUAUCGCCAACCU